UUUGCGCAAGGAUUGGAUGGAAACUUCUGGGUUGUAUUCUCUAUUAUAUAUAUAGAUAUAUGCUUAUGCACCAGUGGCUAAAUUAAUUAAAGGCACCGAACCCAAACACUAGUAUCUACUGGAAGAUGGCCGUGUACAACUCGCGAUUAAAAAAGAACUGGGAGGAUUUGGACGUGACGAAGGAAGAGCUAGAGACGAUAACCGACUGUCUUAAGAAAGAGGAGUUCCGGAAACUCCUGUUCGAUUACGCAGAGGAGGUGACGAACCCCGAGAACAAGAAACUGUACCAGUCGGAGAUCGCGCAGCUGGAGAGAGAGAGAGGCGUAGACGUGACGUUCGUUAACCCUGAGCCGGGUUACGUAAUAAAAACAAGCGUCGACGGGUGCAGGAAGUGCUUUGUAAACAUAAGCCAAAGCUCGAGUGUCGGCAAGCCUUCGAGCCGGCCGACCUGCGAGGGUGGUAGCCGGGGUUUGCAGUGGUCCAUUCCCCACACCUUGGCUCCCCCCCGCGAUGACCUCGACAAGAAGAGCGCCCGGUGCGUCGUCUUCGACGUGGUGUUCCACCCGGACACCCUGCACUUGGCCAGCAAGAAUUCCAAGUUCCGGGAGACCGUUAAUCAGACGGCGUUGGACGGUGUCGAGAGCAGUUUUAAAGUUAAGCUAGACCGGAACAACAUCAAGUUCCCCAAGAUGAGCUUCAAGGGUGUCAGCCAGCCGACGGUGAUCAGAAAGAAGUCGGAGCGGCCGGCGGUGCCCUCGGACGUUGACCUUGAGCCGGAGAUCUACCAGAAGCUGAUGACCAGCUACGACGAGAGCCGUGAGGAGCAGCUUCGAGCCAUGGACAAACCGGCCGAGCGGCGGUCGCCUUCGACUAAAUAUUUCAACGAGAGAAGGAGCACGGAGAGCGAGUGCUCCGCGUACACCACGCCAAAGUUCGUCGUCAAGCAUCAGGACAGCGUCGAUAUACAAGACUUUCAUAAUCACAAAAAUGCCAGACUCCAUAAAGCUAUUCCCAAGAAACUUGUCGUUGAAAUCGACCUUCCCCUUCUUAAAAGCGCCGGCGACGCCACCCUUGAUGUUCAAGAACGGCUGGUAAUGCUGAAGAGCGAGAAACCCGCUAAAUACCAGCUUCAACUCCCCCUGCCGUACAGUGUCGAUCCAGACAACGGCGGCGCAAAAUUUGACCCUAAAAACAAGAAGCUCACUGUCACUCUGCCUGUUCUCAGGGGCGUCGUUCCGCUCUGUGACAACAGGGAGGACAGUGGAGUCGACAGUGAUCAUGGCAGCCCUUUGGCAGACUCUGGCGAUGAUGAAGGAGCCGAGAAAAAGGCACUGGUUACCGUUAUCGACAGGGAAAGUGCGUUUGGUGAAUGUGAGGAAGAUACCGCGCUAAGAACUAGUAACCAAAGCGUACCUGACGAGCCGGCGUUCAUGAACCCUGAUGUCAAAUAUUCCCUUCCUGCCUUUAGCUGUAAUUGUUAUGAUAAAACUCUUGCUUUUACUAUCCACCUCAAAAAUGUUGAUCCUGAUUCGAUACGGCAUAAAAUGCUGAAAGAGAAUUCGGGCGUUCAUGUGCUUCUUACCUCGGUCGGAGCUGGAUUUUUUCCCGUUUAUUAUUCUAUGUGCUUUAAGACUGGGCGAGAAUCUAUUCGUCCCGAAUCACUGGUCAUAGAGCCUUGGGAUAACAAUGUUGUCAUUACCGUCGCCUUGGAAGAUUGCAGGGAAGACGUGAGCAAGUACUUCGUUGGAAUUGACGAGGAGUUUAUGGAACUCAGGGAACUAUUCGCCCCUGUUUCCCUCCAAAAUAAACUCAAUGAACUUAUGAUUCAGCCUUGUCUGCAAACAAAUAAGAAGAUUGAAGUUAUGGGAGAAGGCGAUGACAUUGUGAUUAAUAUAACGCCAAAUCAGUUGGACUCAGACGAUGAGGCAGAGCGCGAAGAUACAGACUCUUCACGAUACGACGAUCAUAGAUCGAUAUCAGAAAGUAGUGGUGAUGAAUUAGGAAAUAUUCCUGGUCCUGCGGGCAGGUCCAAGGGUAUACUAAAGUCCCGUCGUAAUUAUGGCUUUACACGUUCGGUUUCCGAAUCGAGCGUAGACGAUAGCGCUAUGCUUGCUUCUUCUAUAGACUUCCAUUCCGACUCAAUUCCAGAAAUAAAUUCUGAGUCUGGAAGUUCGAGUUUGAAGAAGACAGUUCGUUUUAAUGAUGUUGUCGCUCGCCAGUUAUACAGAUCCAACUCAAGUAUCCUAGGACAGCGUAAGAAGAACCAGCGUAAAUUACGCAAUAAGAAACGUGCGCACGAUCGUAGAACUAGUGAAAGUGAAAACUCCGAGAGCGAGGAGCGUGCGGAAAAGUACAAAAUUAGCCCUAAAAAUACCCCGGUGGAAAAUAGCGUCCAUGAAAAUGUGAAGCCAAUAUUAAAUUACGAUAAAUCGAUGGUACACAAAAAAUCUGAGCACAUCGAUAUAGAAAAUCAAAAAAAUCACAACUCUCAUUCCAGUAAACGAAACGAUGAGAGUACAGAGAAAAAUCAUUGGAAUGAUGAUAAUGAAAAUGGUACAAACGCUGUUACAGAAGUCUUUAAGAACGAUUUAAUUUUUGAUCUUGAUAUUUAAUUUAUUCCGAUUAAUGCAAUUCCAUUUGAUGGCUGGUUCUGAAUAAUUUAUAAUAUUUGUAUACCUUAGUUCAAAGAGAUCAAUCGAGAGUAGAUACCUGAUCCAUGAGAUAAUAGGGAAGAAUACGGUUUUCGAUUUCAAUGGCGAUAAGUAAGAGCAAGAGACAAGUUGAACAGUGGGGAGGAAAAAGUAACACAAAUUUUCUCACACGUUCGAGUACAAGAUUUCUGAGAGAUGAAUUAUUACUAUUAUUUUCACGUACGUCUUGUAUAGCUCACUAACGACUGCUAGGCUAGGUUUGAGAUAUAUUGAUAAAGUUUUAAAUGCAACAUGCAUACACACGUACUAAAUAUUAUGCAAUCAAUCGUACUAUUUUAUAGAGUGAAAAUUUCUAAUCGUUUAUUGAUUUUUACACGAAUUUAUACACUUUCAUACUAAUCGGGAGGUAAUGUUCACUCACCAUUGAUUUGUAUAAAAAUAUUAUACUUAAUUAAAUUGUAGACAAUAUACAAAGUAUAAAGUGAGAUCAUUAGAGAUUCGGCAAUAUCGGUUAAUUGUAAGUAAAAUCAGAAACGGUACAGGCAAAAUUUGAUGAACUUUGCUCAAUAGACAAAUACAGUCUUUUUGGCUACAUAUCGAAUUUUAAACUUUACAACCGUAUUCAACCUUAUAAUAGUACUGCGGGAUAGACAAUAGUAUUUUACACGCUAAAUUAAUUAUUUCUACAUGCACGGGAUCAAUGAAAAAUUCAUUGGUCAAUAUAUAUUAUACCUGGUAUUAUAAAUACGAAAGAAAAUUAUAUAUUAUGAUUUAAAAGGAUAUUUUGUUCCCAGUGUAAUAAUCCAUGAGAAGAAAAUGGGUAAUAAACAGUUAUGUUAUGCAAAUAA